CAGGUUUUAGUCUCUGGUACGCGCGUUCGGGCGCAAAUUGUGACCGAUAGGAAAUUUUGUUGAAUAAUUUUAGACAAGAUUUUCUGCUUACCUAGUGGCAUCCUGUUGGUAUAUUAAAAAUUUAAAAUGCAUGUGGUGAAAAAGACGGGUGACUGGCUCAAAGGAAACCAUAUACUUGUUAAUGAUGACUGGCUGAAAGCUUGUGUUGAAUGGAUACAAGAGGAAAAUCAGGGACAAGGGUUGCCAGAUGAAGACAUAAAUUCACAAGUUUAUGAACAGUGGUUGUUAGCAGAUCUUCAUGAGUUAGAGACAUGCUGUCUUCCGGCAGAGAUAAGAGAAUCACAGAAAUACGAGCUAUGUGGAACUUAUGCCUUACAAAUUGACAGUAUUGUAGAUGUCGGUGUUUCAUUUUACUCCCAGCAACAGAAACUAAAAGGAACAGAGAAUGCAAAUGUACAUGUAAAUGCUGAGGAACCAACUCAAAAACCUUGGGAACCAAAGCCUUCCAGAAUGUUGAUGUUUAAACUAACAGAUGGUACCCACUGUUUGCAGGGUAUGGAGUACAGGCCAAUUUCAUGUCUCAGUCCACAGACUUCUCCUGGAGCAAAGAUUUUGGUACAUGGAAGUGUUCUCUGUCGUCAUGGUGUGUUAAUGUUGAGUGACAAUAACAUCAAAUUUCUAGGUGGAGAAGUAGAUACGCUGGUAGAGGCUAACACAGUAUUAAACACGCUACAGUCUGCUAUGGAGGCCAGUGAGGAGCAUGCUGGAAAGGACCAUAGACAGACAUUUGCUGGUACCCCAAUCAGACAUUGUAAUCAGCCACUAUCUGGCAAUCAAGUAAAUCAAGGGAACCAGUCCAGUUCAUGGGGAAAUUCUAGAAACAAUUACAACAAUGGCAACCAGUUUUCGCAGAGAGGAAAUGCUGAUGUCAAGCCUUCAAGUAAAAUGAAAACUGAACCUAUAACACAGAGCAGUUUUCCUAGGAAUAACCAAGUCAAUAAUCAGACUAUCUCUGGUUAUGAUGAGUUUAUGGAUGAUGAUAUGGAUGGUAUUAUGGAGGAAAUGACUGAUGAAGAUUUCGGACCAGCGGUUAACAUGCAAAAUAGAAAUUCUAAUCAGAAUUUCACAAAUUCUGGAACAACUAAUCAAAAUGCCUACAGUAAUUCACGGCAACAUGGGCGCAUUCAAAAUAAUAAUAUAAAAGUGUCUAACAGUCAGAGAAAUAAGGGCAUGGAGAAUAGAGGUAAGGUUGAGACAUCCAGUGUAUUGACCGAUCCAGCAUCUGCUAGAGUGUCUAACAGAAAUAGUGUGCUAACUAAUGAAGACCUCGUUGCCAUGGAAUUUGAAGAUGACAUGGAUUUCCCACCGAUGGAUGAUGAUUUUAUGACAUCACCUAACACUGGUGUUAGUCAGCAUACAAAUCAAAGUUUAAAUAAUGUAGGCAAUAGACUAAAUGCUAAUAAUAGAAACAAUCAAAUUUCAAGUCAUACAAAUGUUCAGAAUGUUACUGGUAAGAUAAACAACAGCUCAACACGUCAAAACAGUAAUAUGAAUAGUCACACAAACCCAAGUACGGUUUCAAACACAUCUCAUUCUGCAAGUUCUAAUAGUUCAAUAAAUUUAAUGGAUGGUUCCCGGCCUGUUGUUUUAAAUAAUGUUGACAUGACUGUAAAUAUAUCUAACAAGGGAGUUAACUGGUCAAUCACAAGUCGGACACAAGACUCGGCUAAAACAGCUGCUACGGCUCCAGUGAAUAGAAGUACAAAUACAAAAUUAUGUUUGCCGAAAACAGAGACAGAAAGAAAAACUGAUGCGAUAGGAAGUUCAGCAACAAUACACAGGCAGCAACAGAGUUCUAUAGAGAGUUUCCUCACUCCAAAUAAGAAAGUCCCGCAAGAACAGGUACAGACACUGAGGGAAAACAGUGGCCUAGACAUACAGACAGAAUACCCAUUUACUUACCUCGUCAAGGUGAUGUCAUUACCUGUCAAAAAAGAGCCUUCUUACCACACUGUGAAGGCAUAUAUAUCCACAUUGACAAGCAAACUGACUACAGUAGGAGGAAAGUGGACUCUGGCAUGUAAGGUAAAUGAUGGAACAAUGGCUGUUGAUGUUGACCUGUCUAACCAAGUUCUCACAGAAAUGAUAGGAUUCUCACCAAAGGAAGCACAGGAAAUGAAAAUGAGAAUAAAAACUGAUCCUGGUGUUAAAGAAGUUCUUCAAGAGGGUAUUCAGCAGUGUCAGCAGAAGCUCAUAGAGCUUAUGUGUCUCCUGGAGUUGGAGAUCUGUGCACAGAAUCCACGUCCUGUGAUCGUUGCUACCAAACAGUUGACCACACAUCACAUUGAUAUGCUGUAUAACCGAGUGAUGGCUGGCUGGAAUACAGGCUCUUAGAAUACUAAGAUCAAAUAUCAGUUAUUUCGUCAGUGAUGUCCGUUAUGACUUUGACAGUAUAUAAUAUAAUACAUGGUGAUGCUAUACAUUUAUAAAAGAUCUAUAGUUUAUAAGAUGCUGUAAUGCACCAUCAUUUAUAUACUAGUAUGUUUAAAUUCUUACUGCGUUUGGUUAAAGUCAUUUUCAUGUUAAAAUUUUUCGGGAUAAUUACAAAGAUACAUCUUG